AUGAUCAACUCACUGUUCGUGAUAAAUCUACAAGGGAAGAUCAUUAUCGAGAAGCAUUGGCGUGGUAUCAUUUCUCGGCAAAUCGUCGACGUGUUCAAUGACGAGAGUGCCAAGUUUAUCAACUCGGUGCCAGAAAACAUGAAUGGUGACAAGGAUUGGAAGGAGCCCUUUUACAGUCGAGAGGAUGUGCCACCUAUUUUGGAGACGCCCAAGUACUGGCUACUCAACGUCCUACGCGAUGAUUUGAUAUGGUUGUGUCCUGUGGAUCGUGAAGUGGAUCCCAUGCUUGUAUUUGAAUUCAUUCAUCGCAUCAUCGAUAUCCUUACCGAUUACCUUGCCGAGGUGUCCGAGCCAUCGAUACGAGAGAACUUUGUCACCGUGUAUCAGUUACUGGAGGAGAUGAUGGAUUAUGGUUACCCCUUGACAACAGAGCCAAACACACUCAAAGAUAUCAUUAUGCCACCCACGAUCAUGAAUCGAGUGAUGACGACCGUCAAUGCAGCUGCAGGUGUUGCUCCCAAGUUCCCACAGAAUCUUUCCAGUAUCCCAUGGAGAAAGGCAGGCGUCAAAUAUACCCAGAACGAAAUCUAUUUUGAUAUCAUUGAGGAGAUUGAUGCUACCAUUGCACAGAACGGCACGGUUGUUUCAUGCGAAGCUCAUGGCAAUGUCGUCGCAAAUUGCCGGUUGUCAGGCAUGCCGGAUUUGACCUUGAGCUUUGUUAAUCCUCGAUUGAUCGACGAUGUGAGCUUUCAUCCAUGUGUGCGUUAUCGGAAAUGGGAGAGCGACAAGGUGCUUUCUUUUGUGCCGCCUGAUGGUCAAUUCAAGCUCAUGUCUUAUAGAGUCGCAUUGACGCACUAUCAAGCAAUGCCAUUGCAAGUGAAACCCCAAAUACUGGUAUCCAAGAAUGGAGGCAAAUUUGAUAUUAGUGUGCAUCCACGAACAACUGAUGGCAAGCCUAUUGAAAACGUAAAGCUGUCACUUCCCAUGCCAAAGAGCACUCUAAGUGUAAAUGCUACAUGCAACAGCGGCCAAUACAUGUAUGAUCCAGUGAGCAAGUCUAUCAAGUGGGAUAUCGGCAAAAUUCAACAACGGGAUCGGGCACCUAUGCUUUCAGGCACAUUCCGAAGCAGUGAUCUCGAUCCUGAUACUGGCAUGACAAUCGGGGUUGAAUUCCAGAUAAGCAUGUAUGCUGUCUCUGGAUUACGUGUGGAUAGCUUAAGGCUUUUCCAUGAGGGCUAUAAACCAUACAAGGGUGUAAGGAGUUUAACUAAGGCUGGCAAGUUUUAUAUCAGAACAUAA